GAGCGGAGGCGCGUCACACGUUAACAACACAAAACUACACUUUAGACCCCGCUACACCUGACCGGACGCUCGUGCGGAGAGAACGGCAACAGGCACUGACUCUCCUGCGCCCGACAUUUCUUACACACUGCAGUGAAAUGAGGGCAACAUGGGGGCCAAAGAGUCGCGGAUAGGCUUUCUUUCCUAUGACGAGGCCGUCAAAAGAGUUACUGAUGUGGAGCUCAAGAGGCUGAAAGAUGCCUUUAAGAGAACCAGUGGCCUGUCUGCCUACAUGACCCAACAGUGCUUCUAUAAAGAGGUACUGGGAGAUGGCGUUCCACCGAAGGUUGCCGAGGUGAUCUACAACUCAUUUGGAGGCACGCCAAAAGGGCUACACUUCAACAAUCUUAUUGUCGGCCUGGUGCUGCUGACGAGAGGACGUGAUGAGGAAAAAGCCAAAUAUAUUUUCAGCUUGUUCGCCAGUGACUCGGGCAGCUACGUGGUGCGAGAGGAAGUAGAGAGCAGGCUCCGUGCUGUGGACGGGGAAGUCCCACCCUCACUGAGGAAGUGCUUCUUAGAGGGUGAAAAGGUGAAUUAUGAGAAGUUCAAGAACUGGCUUCUUCAAAACAAAGAGGCGUUCACCUUCUCCCGCUGGCUGCUCUCUGGCGGUGUGUGUGUCACCCUGACUGACGACAGCGACACACCCACCUUCUACCAGACACUGGCCGGAGUCACACACUUAGAAGAAUCAGACAUUAUUGAUUUGGAAAAGCGCUACUGGCUUCUGAAAGCUCAAUCCAGGACUGGACGCUUUGACUUAGAAACCUUUGUUCCUCUGGUGUCACCCCCUAUUCAUGCAUCACUAAGUGAAGGCUUGUUUCAUGCCUUUGAUGAGAAUCGGGACAAUCACAUAGACUUUAAGGAAAUAUCAUGCGGGCUCUCUGCAUGCUGCCGAGGACCUGUGGCUGAGAGGCAGAAGUUUUGUUUCAAAGUGUUCGACGUAGAUCGUGACGGAGUUCUGUCUCGAGAUGAGAUGCACAAGAUGGUGGUGGCCUUACUGGAAGUGUGGAAGGACAACCGCACUGAUACUCUCCCGGAACUGGAAUCCAAUGUUUCUGAUAUUGUUGAUGAAAUCCUUACGAUACAUGACACUACAAAACAGGGACACCUAACACUAGAAGACUAUCAGAUAUGGAGUGUGAAGAGUGCCCUGGCAAGCGAGUUCCUCAACCUGCUUUUUCAGGUUUGUCACAUAGUCCUGGGCCUACGGCCUGCUACGCCCAAAGAAGAAGGCCAGAUCAUUAGGGGAUGGCUCGAACGGGAGAGCAGACAUGGCCUGCAGCCGGGCCAGAACUGGUUCCUCAUCUCUAUGCAGUGGUGGAAAUUGUGGAAAGACUACGUUAAAUAUGAUAAUAAUUCCAUAGUGGUGGAGCAGCCGGGUAUGCUGGGCAAUGGCAGGAGGACUCCUCAGUCCACACCAUCUGCUGAAUCAGCCCUGAGCAAGACUGGAACAGUGGCACGAUCUCUUAGCUCUCCAGGAGAAAAGUCUCCGAAAAGCAAUUGGGAGGUUUCAGACAGUACCCCUAACAGUCAGCUGCCACACGUGAGCUCAUCAGCCACGGACAUCUGCUUUUCUCGGCAGCACAAUGUGUUGGAUAACAAUAACCAGUGUUUCUCUACUGCCAAUGGCCACCUACCCAACCACCUGUCUGCACAGAGGCCAGGUGCCAUCGACAACCAGCCCUUAGUCACCACUGACCCCAUAAAGGCUCCCACGUUAACCAUGGAAGGAGGGCGUCUGAAGAGACCCGUGAACCUGAUGGCUGGCCGGGAUUUUGAGACCGUACCAGAGCCAGUAUGGCGGGCACUCUACCACUGGUACGGUGCCAACCUUAGCCUGCCCAGACCGGUGAUCAAGUCGGUCAUCACAGACCAGCCAGAGUUGGAGCUCUUCCCCCGUUAUUUGCUCUUCCUACGUCAGCAACCGGCCACACGCACCCCCCAGUCCAACAUCUGGGUUAACAUGGGUAUGAGCAGCCUGCGAAUGUUCCCUCCACACUUUCCCCGAGGUAACAUGCCAUCCCCGAAUGCCCCACUGAAGCGUGUGCUGGCAUACACGGGUUGUUUCAGCAGGAUGAGCACCAUUAAGGACAUCCACGAGUACCUGUCACAGAGGUUACGCAUCAAAGAAGAAGACAUGCGCCUCUGGCUCUAUAACAGCGAAAAUUACCUCACUCUGCUUGAUGAUGAAGAUCACACUUUAGAGAGUUUGAAAAUAGAGGAUGAGCAGCAUUUAGUGAUUGAGGUUCGAAACAAAGACAUGAGCUGGCCAGAGGAAAUGUCUUUCAUCGCCAACAGCAGCAAAAUAGACAGACACAAAGUUCCUACAGAGAAAGGUGCUACAGGUCUGAGUAACCUGGGGAACACAUGCUUUAUGAAUUCAAGUAUUCAGUGUGUGAGCAACACCAAACCUCUCACUGACUACUUUAUCUCAGGGAGACACCUUUAUGAGCUGAACAGAACCAAUCCUAUAGGAAUGCGAGGCCAUAUGGCCAAAUGCUAUGGAGAUUUAGUGCAGGAACUCUGGAGUGGAACACAAAAAAACGUUGCACCGCUAAAGCUCAGGUGGACGAUAGCAAAAUAUGCGCCGAGAUUCAAUGGAUUCCAGCAGCAGGACUCUCAAGAGCUGCUGGCGUUCUUGUUGGAUGGCCUCCAUGAGGACCUGAAUCGGGUCCAUGAGAAGCCCUAUGUGGAGCUGAAGGACAGUGAUGGACGGCCCGAUGCAGAAGUGGCCACUGAGGCGUGGGACAACCACUUAAGAAGAAAUCGUUCGAUUGUGGUGGACCUGUUCCAUGGCCAGCUUAAGUCCCAAGUUAAGUGCAAAACCUGCGGCCACAUCAGCGCUCGUUUUGACCCCUUUAACUUCCUGUCCCUGCCCCUUCCAAUGGACAGCUCCAUGCACUUAGAGAUAACAGUCAUCAAACUGGACGGUUCCACCCCAGUGCGCUAUGGUCUCCGUCUGAACAUGGACGAAAAAUAUACAGGCCUGAAGAAGCAGCUGAGUGAAUUGUGCAGACUAAAACCAGAGCAGAUCCUCCUUGCUGAAGUCCAUUCCUCCAACAUCAAGAACUUUCCUCAAGACAACCAGAAAGUGCGUCUGUCUGUAAAUGGCUUUCUGUGUGCGUUUGAGAUUCCUGUGCCUGGUUCCCCCACCUCUAUCACUUCCCCAGCACCAGUAGGCAAUACACUUGUCAAUGGAAUCACUCGGAACAGUCAUGCUGAGAAACCUGGCCCCAUACCAAAUGGCACAGCUGGCACCCCUGUUCGAAGUGUUUCUGACAGGAGCCUGGCUAACGGCAUGCCGAGCACGGUGGUGCCCUCUGCCUCAGAAAAGAGUCUUGCCGAUGGCAUCCCCAACGGCCAUGCCACCCCAGUUCAGGACAGCCCUUUCAUUGGCUACAUCAUUGCCAUGCACAGAAAGAUGAUGCGGACAGAGUUAUACUUCCUUUCAUCUCAGAAGAAUCGGCCCAGUUUGUUUGGCAUGCCUCUCAUUGUGCCCUGCACAGUACACACCAGUAAGAAGGAUCUAUAUGAUGCUGUGUGGAUUCAGGUGUCCCGUUUAGCUAGCCCCCUGCCCCCUCAGGAGGCCAGCAACCAUGCACAAGACUGUGAUGAUAGCCUGGGUUAUCAGUACCCUUUCACCCUGCGGGCAGUGCAAAAGGAUGGCAAUUCUUGUGCCUGGUGCCCAUGGUACAGGUUCUGCAGAGGCUGUACAGUGGAGUGUAAUGAGGACCUGGCAUCCCUAGGAAAUGCUUAUAUUGCUGUGGACUGGGACCCCACAGCCCUGCACCUCCGUUAUCAAACUUCCCAAGAAAGGAUAGUGGAAGAGGACACAAGUGUAGAACUAAGUCGGCGUGCCCAGGCUGAACCCAUCAGUCUAGACAGCUGUCUGAAAGCUUUCACCAGUGAAGAGGAGCUGGGUGAGGAUGAGCUCUACUAUUGUUCCAAGUGCAAAGCCCAUCGUCUGGCCACCAAGAAGUUGGACCUCUGGAGGCUUCCUCCCAUACUGAUUGUUCAUCUGAAACGCUUCCAGUUUGUGAAUGGCCGCUGGAUUAAGUCCCAGAAGAUAGUGAAGUUCCCACGCGAGAACUUCAACCCCAGUGCGUUUUUGGCUCCACGUGAAGCUCAGAGCACAUGGAGCCUGCAGAGCCAGAGCGAGUGUCCAGUGGAGGAGCUCCAGAAACUGGACAUCGGAGAUUCCUCAGUGUCUUCCAUCUCCACCACUACUGUGGUCAGCCCUCCCACAUCUGGCAGAGGCACUCCUGGUUCAGUUAGGAGGGUAGGCAGCCCGCUGAGCAGAAGCAACAGCCCCAACAACAGCCCUAAGAGCACAGGGCGAAAACAGGGACGUCUGCGUCUGCCUCAGCUAGGCAGCAGACACCGACUCUCCAACAGCAAAGAGAAUCUGGACAGCAGCAGCAGCAGUGGCUGUAAGGAGAGUGGGUCAGAGUCAGAGCCCAGCAUGGUAACAGAGGCGGAGCCUCAGGUUGCAGGAGCUACACCAGAGCCUAACACACAGGACUCUUCGUGGAAAUUGGUUUCCUCCAGUACUGACUGUGAUGUCGUCAUGGUAAACGGACUGAGCCAGGACAACAGCCAAAUCAAUGGGCUCUCGGACACCACCACAGAGCCAGACAGCUCUUCUCACAGAAGAGAUGAUGUCUGUCUUGAGCCAAUAUACAACUUAUAUGCAAUCUCGUGCCAUUCAGGAAUCAUGGGAGGGGGCCACUAUGUGACCUACGCUAAAAACCCCAAUGAUAAAUGGUACUGUUACAACGACAGCAGCUGCAAGGAGGUUCACUCAGAAGAGAUUGACACGGAUUCAGCAUACAUUCUCUUUUACGAGCAGCAAGGAGUGGACUACUCUCAGUUUCUGCCUAUGACCGAUGGCAAAAAAAUGGCAGACACUACAAGCAUGGACGAAGACUUUGAGUCGGACUACAAGAAGUACUGCGUGCUUCAGUGAAUCCAUGCUCUUCCACGUUAAAAGGCACUUAACGAGUUCGUCAGUAUCCUUCCCCCAUGUGCAAUGCAGACAGUGCGGCCAAGUGAAGCUGCACGGCUGAAGCGGAGGAGCUGCAGUUAGCGAAGCACAAAGAUCAGCUUUAGACUGAGGAAUCUUUACCCUCUGCUGCUGCCCCCUGAUUCAGAAACACUUACUAGUGAUUUAGCCAUCAAAUGGCUGUGAGAUUUUGUGAAAUAAUAAAUAAGUAAGGAAGAAUUACGUAGCUUGUGAAUAUUGCCAACUGAACAAAAUGGGUCCUGGACCAAAAAAAAAGAUUUCUUUGACAUCAUUGUGUUUAACAGGACUCGGUCCAAAUCUGCAGCAUCUCAUACCCAUGGGAAAUGAUAUUUAUGUAUUUACUUUUCCAUGAGGUUUUCUUAAGGAGAAGGAGAGCUCUCAUCUUCCAUAAAACUUGUGUUUUGUAUUUUUAUAUUUAUAUGAUUGAAUCAUAAGCAGAGCUUUUUCUUUUUUUUCUUUUUCUUUUGGCCAAACACAUUAAAUCAGUCCCAAUUUUAUCCAUCAUUUCAACUGGAGAGGUUUCUACUGGGUUAGUGCAAUGUUCAGUUCUGUAAUGCACAGUCUUAAAGGAUGACUUCUUUUUGUUUCUCAGCAGAUAAUUCUACACUACCUACACUACCUCCCUUUUUUUUGCAGUUUAUUGGCGGAUUGUUAAUGGAAAGACUGUAAGACAGUAUUACACUCUACACACCUUAUUAAAUAUCCCCAGAACGUUUCAUAUUGGGUAAUGAAAUCUGGUUAAAAAACAAACAAAAAAAAGCCUGUGAAAAUUGCAUUCCGGUUAGCAACACCCCCCAGAAAAAUCAUCGAUAUUGCUAUAUUUUGAUUUCUAUUUUAAGCUUAUGUUUGUUUUCAGGUAUCGUCCCAGUGUCUUUCAAAAAGCCAGUGUAUCUCUUAGGCGAGUUUUAAGUUGACGACAUUUUAUUUUUCAGAGAUAUUUAUUUUAAUACCAUAAAUCAGAUCACUUUAUCCAAACAUGGGCUCCUCAUAACGCUUUCCCACCACCAUGAGCAUUUCAUGACUCCAUUGCAGGUUCGUUUCAGUUUGUCAUUUUAUUUGUCCUUUUCUCAUUAAGAUACAUCUUUGUUAGUGUUGGAGUAAAUGGUAGCCAAAUUCAUGCAUAUCUGAUAAGUGUUCUCUCAACCGAGAGGUUCACCUUAUCAAGCCAAAGUCUUUAACAGGUGGUAUGAAAUGACACCAUUGUGGCUUCUCUGAAAGAACACCUCGACCUCAUGAUAGCCCUGUGCUUUAAAAAGAGGUGCCAUCUGUGUGACCUGCUUAAAGUUGUGUGUCUUAAUGCCAGGAUAGUAGCAACUCUUCAUUCAAACACUGUGAAUGGAUAAUGAUGCAGCCAGUCAUUCCUUUCUCUUACGUUCCGUAUAAACGAAAGAUCUCCUUAAGGAAUGCACCGGAUCCUUCAUUGGGAAAGAGCUACAAUGUCGUUCUGUACCGUUUUGCUGCUCUACUUUCUACUUUUGUUCCUUAUUAAGGAUAUUUAUGUACUUUUGCCAGCGAGGAAAGGUUGCAAAUGUUUGUUAUUUAUUGGUCAAAUGAUGUCACUCAACAUUCGGAUAGUUCACGUCAAGCAAGUCAUAUUUGUCCGAUAACAGCUAUCGAGGAAAAUAUCAGAUUUGAUUUAAAACAUUGAAUCGUUUCUCUCCCUUUCACGCCAACGUUUACUUGGAACUGAGUGGCUCGCUCAUUUUACCGGAAUCUUUCUCUCAGCUUAUCGAGGCUGCAAAAUAAAAACGCAUCACUUUUUAAAGAUUUCUUUUCUUGUUUUGAUACAGGGAUAAUUUAUUAAUACUCCAAGAAACCUGAUUUAAAUCGGCAAGUAGUGCAAUCAACUACUGAUAUCUGGAUUUUGUUCAUCAUCAAGAGAUGUAUUCAUUCGAUGAGCUUUAUUUUGUACAGUGUUUAAAGAGUACAAUGACAUUGCACUGACAUCCAAUGUACAGACGUUUUGUAAAUAAUGCCUAUUAAAAAAAAAAAAAAAAAAACAUGAUGUAUUUGAAAAUGAGCUGUAAAAAUGUAGUUGUAUAUGGAGUGACACUGUUGAUCUGUAACAAUUAUUUGAGUAACCAAUUAAAUUCAGCCAAUGCAAUUGAAAAA